AUGGCAGAUUUCCCAGUCUCCCUGAAAUCCUUGCAGCUUGUAACUCUGCCCAGCUGUCUCUUCUUCCUCACCAACCUCUUCCUCCUCUUCCCACCUGGGAAGCCAAACUUAGAGGACAUCAAGGUGGUAGGCCCUGGGGAAUCCAUCCUGGCCCUCGUUGGGGAAGAAGUGGAGUUCUCAUGCCACCUGUCACCGUACCUGGACGCUGAGCACAUGGAGAUCCUCUGGUUCCGGAGCCGGGCCUCUGAUGUGGUCCACCUGUACCAGGAGCGGCAGGAGCUCUCCAGCCGGCAGAUGGCAGAGUUCCAGAAUAGGACCAAACUCAUCAAGGAUGAAAUCAGAGAUGGCAGCGUGAUCCUGCAGCUCCAUAGUGUCAUCCCAUCUGACGAGGGUCCCUACGGAUGCCGCUUCAUCUCCAGUGACUUCACUGGGGAAGUUAUCUGGCAGUUGGAGGUAGCAGGGCUAGGAUCAGACCCUCACAUCUCCCUUGAGGGCUUCAAGGAGGGAGGUAUUCACCUGAGGUGCAGCUCCAAUGGCUGGUACCCCAAGCCCAAGAUUCAAUGGAGAGACCAUCAAGGACAGUGCCUGCCUCCUGAGUCUGAAGCCAUCAUUCAGGAGGCCCAGGGCCUGUUCAGUCUGGAAACAUCUGUGGUCUUCCGAGAGGGAGCCCACAGCAAUGUGUCCUGCUCCAUCCAGAACCCCCUCCUCGUCCAGAAGAAAGAGUUUGUGGUCCAGAUAGCAGAUGUUUUUUUACCCAGAACCUCCCCCUGGAAGGGAGCUUUCCUUGGGACACUGGCAGUACUGCCGCUGCUCCUCGCUCUCCUAAUGAUAAUGGUGCUGUACUUUUUUCAGAAGCAACGGAGAACUCAAGAGAAGCUAAAGAAGCUGGCAGAGAAGGAAAAAGGGAAACUCACAGCAGAGCUGGGGAAGCUUCAGACAGAACUUGACUGGAGAAGAGCUGAAGGCCAGGCUGAAUGGAGAGCAGCCCAAAGAUAUGCAGUGGACGUGACUCUGGAUCCAGCCUCAGCGCACCCCAGCCUGGUUGUCUCUGAGGAUUGCAAGAGCGUGUCCUCCCGCGCAGAGGCGACUAGCCUGGCCGCGGGCAACCCGCAGAUGUUCCUUGAGCAGACGUGCGUGCUGAGCCAAGAGCGCUUCUCAGCAGGCCGCCACUACUGGGAGGUGCACGUGGGCCGCAGGAGCCGCUGGUUCCUGGGCGCGUGCCUGGCAGAAGUGCCUCGAGCGGGGCCUGCGCGCCUGAGCCCCGCCGCCGGCUACUGGGUAAUGGGGCUGUGGAAUGGUUGUGAGUACUUCGUGCUGGACCCGCACCGCAUCGCGCUCACCCUGCGCGUGCCCCCGCGGCGUGUGGGCGUCUUCCUCGACUGUGAGGCUGGAAAGUUGUCCUUCUUCAAUGUGUCCGAUGGUUCCCACAUCUUCACCUUCACCGACACUUUCUCUGGGCCGCUCUGUGCGUAUUUCAGGCCCAGAGCCCACGAUGGCAGCGAACACACGGAUCCCCUGACCAUCUGCCAGUUACCCGUUAAAGGGACAUGCAUCCUCGAAGAGGACGACAGUGACACCUGGUUACAGCCCUAUGAGCCUUCAGACCUCACCCUGGGCCUGUGGUGA